CCCUUCGCCGCCCGGAGAUGCGGAGCGGAUCCGGGCGCCCUCUUCGCGUCCGGGGGAUGCGAGCGGAUUCCCCCUGUACUGCCGCGGGGCUGCGGUGUCAGCGCUCGCCUCGCCCCGAGCGGAGGGAAUUGCCAGCGUUUCCCCUGGCCUCAAAAAACCCCAAGGCGUGUGUAUCUGUGUCCUUGUAUGUCUGUGAGUGUAGGGAUAUCUGUACAUCCGUGCAGAUCCCCGUGCAGCCCGCGUGAGUGUUCGGCUGUGUGUGAGCCUCCCCGAUGGUGAGGGGCGUUUCGCAGCUCUGCUUUAUGGUGGUUAAUGGUUUACCCGGAGAAGUUCCCGACGCAUGAAUGUUGCAGGGCCCUUUGAGUCAACUCCUUCAGACCCGGACUUCCUAUUGCCAACCUUCCCAACCGGCCUUCUAAAAAUGCUGGCGUUUGCCUCUGGUAAUCGAGCCCCGUGGACUUUCUCUGAAGAGAUUCCAAAAUAGGUGCUGCUGAACCCAGACCCAGAAGAGGAUGGGGAAGCAGAACAGCAAGCUGCGUCCCGAGGUGCUCCAGGACCUGCGUGAGAACACUGAGUUCACAGACCAUGAGCUGCAGGAGUGGUACAAGGGCUUCCUAAAAGAUUGUCCCACGGGCCAUUUGACUGUAGAAGAGUUUAAAAAAAUAUAUGCAAAUUUUUUUCCCUAUGGCGACGCGUCGAAGUUUGCGGAGCACGUCUUCCGCACCUUUGACACUAACGGCGACGGGACGAUCGACUUUAGGGAAUUCAUCAUCGCCCUGAGCGUCACCUCCCGGGGCAAGCUGGAACAGAAGCUGAAGUGGGCGUUUAGUAUGUACGACCUGGAUGGCAACGGGUACAUCAGCCGUGGGGAAAUGCUAGAAAUAGUGCAGGCAAUUUACAAAAUGGUUUCGUCAGUAAUGAAAAUGCCAGAGGAUGAAUCCACUCCUGAGAAGCGGACAGACAAGAUCUUCAGACAGAUGGACACAAACAAUGACGGUAAACUGUCGCUGGAAGAGUUCAUCAAAGGUGCCAAGAGCGAUCCCUCCAUCGUGCGGUUGUUACAGUGCGACCCCAGUAGCGCGAGUCAAUUCUGAUGAAAGCGGACAGUGUGCUCAGAGAACCUCGGCUUGUGUCCUUCAAGCUUUGCUCGCAAACGGAUGCCUUCUCAACCAUCCCUCCACACUUCGCGGAUAAGAUCCCGUUGCCAGAUUGUGUGUGUGUGUGUGUCCGAGCGAACCAGCCCUCGCUCCCCCCACUAACACCAGUGCAGUUCUCCUGCGGCAGCUCCGUUUCUGCUUCCCCAUAACGUUACCAUUCACUCUGCACAUUUUAAACAUUAAUCGAAAGGUUUGUUUACAUGCAGCUACGAGAGAGUUCGAUGGCUGGUGAGAUACCACUUCACUUAGUCCGUGAGAAAGGUGAUGUUCCCAUAGUUCUCGAGAAGAUGCUAGGUAGGACUUUUACUCAAAAUAGCAGAUGGUAGAUAAUUUAUUUUGCUUCAGAAAUUACUAUGUUGGAAAAAAAAAAAAGAAAAAAAAGUGGACUGAAUGGAGUAGAAAGUUAAAAAAAAAAGGAAAAAAAAAAGCAGCUUUCCUGGGCAUGGUUCCAAUUUUCUUUUUGAGGAAAAUUGCUUGCACUUAUCUAAUGGUCUUUACUUUCUUUUAAUAUAUAUAUAAAUUAUAUAUAUAUGGUGAAGUAAAAUUUUAAAUAUUUAGGUCAUCUAUUUAAGGCAUAAAAUAGAAUUCAAGCUUUGUUUCUUCUAGUUGUCUGUGAUUUAUUCAAAUCUUGGAGAUUGUUUUUUUUGUGAUAUUUAUGCAUUAGCAAAUUGCUGUUCCAAAAGAAAUGCAUGACUAGCAGUUUGUGGAUAUUUCACUCUGUUUAAUUCCUGAAUGCAAAUAUUCGUACAUUUUUACUGUCAGUCAUUCUGGUAUUACUGUAUUAACAAAAGACCUGAAAGGAGUUCAUCCUCAUUUUGUAUUUCUCAGUGGAGUCCUACUUUCUGGUGGUUGCUGCGUUAAAUGGCUUUUGAGUGCCCCGAGGUGACGUGACUGGCACUGCUGUUCUCAACUUGGCUACACCUCUUCCCUUUUGCUGUCGAUAUGUUAAUAGUCUUGUGCAUUCCAGUGUUAUUUAAUAUCUGCCUAAUGCCAAGAAAUAUUAAUUGAAAUAAAAGACUACUUUUCUUGUCA